ACCGUUCCACAUUGCCCACAAACACCAGCUGCAAUUUCAGGAUCAGGAUUUUCCCCGUUGAGCAGGAUUGCUGCUUGGUUUAAGUUUACGUUCUGCUUCUUUCUUCCUCUGUCAUCCUCACUGUUAUUGCAGUUAUCCUACACUUCCUUAUGUCCUUGCCUUCUGUAAAAUUUUGCUUUCUAAUGCCAUUUGCUGACUGACUAAUAUACCGUGGCAAGCCGUUGUUGCUGAUGUUGGUAUUAGGGAUCGGUUUGUAUUCCUGCACAGAGUGAAAUGCAAGGUAAAAGAGAUCCUUUCUGCUUUUACACACCAACCAAUCAUCGAACAGCCUCCAUGAUCCGAUUGGAAAACUACACAACGACCCGAUGCCCGAUGCGUCAGUCUUGCUCAAUCUCUUUAAACGUGCAAACGUGCGGUGCAGUUUAGUCCUCAACAUAGGCCGGGAGUUUUCGGUUUCAGUUUUCGGUGGAUUUUAAAUCUGGGUUUUCGGUUUGCUCGAUUCGCGCCAUAAUGGAUUGCUUCUCGGAUAUCAAAUUUCACGGUUAUUUCAUUGGGACGCUAGCUGGACUUUUAGAAGUGGCUUCUUUGGGCCUGUCGGUGUACUUUUACUGCGUUGGUGGCAAAGAUGGAGAUAACGGAUUAGCCGGAGAUUUGCAAGGCUUGGUUAGCACUUCAUAUGUGGAUUAUAUUGGAGACGGACUUAUCCUCAUCGCAGUUGGAUUGAUGAUGUAUGGAAUAUACAAGGAAAACCGCUACUGCCUCAUUCCGUUCAUCCUGGCAAUCUGCUUCGACUGGGUGUCCUACAUUGUGCUCUAUCUGGACCGCUCGUUACCCAGUCACGUGUGGCUUCUAAUCUCAGCAUUCUUCAUCUACGUGCUUGUGGCGUUGAUCGGUCUAUUUGUGCUGUUCAGCAUGAAAACCCUGAAAGACGACGAUCGUCGAAAUGUGAAGUAUGACCGAGCCGAUGACGUCUUUGUAUGAGCUCGGGCUGGAAUCUUUAUGAGGUUCGAUGAACGAUGUAAAUAUGUGAAAUACUAAAUGUACAUGUGGGCCCCAGUGUAAGAUUAAUUUAUGUUUUGUCGAAUAAAAUCGUAUCGCCUAA